AUGAGUAGCUACAUUUGUGGUAGUCUCCAUUUGUGGCAGUUUGCAGGAUCUGUUAAUGAAGAAGGGCUGAUCUUGGCAGCUGGAAAAGAAGUUGCUCAGCCUUCUGUGCACUGCAGUCUGUUUGGAGAUGACCACAUAAAGACCUUUGAUGAGUCUCUGUAUGACUUUGCUGGGGACUGCAGUUACCUGCUAGCUGGAGACUGUCACAAGAGGUCCUUCUCACUCUUGGGUGACUAUCAGAAUGGAAGAAGAAACAGUCUCUCUCUGUACCUUGGGGAAUAUUUUGAUGUUCAUCUGUCUUUAGAUGGCACCGUGACCCAGGGUGGCAAAAGGAUUUCCAUACCUUAUGCCUCCAAUGGGGUGUUUAUAGAAAUCGAGGUGGGUUAUUACAAGAUGUCUAGCGAAGAGCAUGGCUUUGUGGCCAAAGUAGACGUCAGUGGGAAUAUCCAGAUCACCCUUGCAGACAAGCACUAUAACAGGACCUGUGGAUUGUGUGGCAACUUCAACAGAUUUGCAGAAGAUGAUUUUAUGACACAGGAAGGCACUUUGGAGGAGAACAGCUACAAUUUUGCUAAUUCCUGGGCCAUGCGCAGAGGAGAAGAGAGAUGCCAGAGAGCAACUCCCCCGAGUCGUACCUGCAACAUUUCAUCUGAGAUGGCCGAUAAGGGUGUUAUAGAGCAUUGCCAGCUUCUCAAGACUUCCCUGGUGUUUUCCAAAUGCCACCAUUUGGUGGAUCCUGAGGAAUUCAUUGCUCUCUGUGAAGAAGACAUGUGCACCUGUGCCCAGGAAAAGACCUGCCACUGCCCAGUUUUUCUAGAGUACGCCCGGAACUGCGCUCGGCAAGGUGUUAUUCUGGAGGGCUGGCCGGCCGAGAGCGCAUGCAGGCCAAGAUGUCCCGUUGGCUUGAAGUACAAGGAAUGCACUUCCCCCUGUGCCAAAACCUGCCAAAGCUUGAACAUCAAUACGGGGUGUCAAGAAAAAUGUGUUGAUGGCUGCAGCUGCCCGGAGGGCAAGCUUCUAGAUGGUGACCAGUGUGUGGACAGUUAUGACUGCUCCUGUGUGCAUUCUGGCAAGCACUACCCUCCUGGUUCUUCCGUCUACCGGGACUGCAAUUCAUGUAUUUGCAGGCAAGGCGUCUGGAUCUGCAGCAAUGAACCUUGCCCAGGUGAAUGCUCUGUCACUGGUCAAUCCCAUUUCAAAAGUUUUGACAACAAGCACUUCACCUUCAGUGGCAUUUGUCACUACCUGUUCGCCAAAGACUGUGAGGAAAAUUCCUUUUCUGUUAUCAUAGACACUGUCCAGUGCGCAGAUGACCCUGAUGCCGUGUGUACCCGCUCUGCCUCUGUUCAGCUUCCAGAGGAGAACAGCAUUGUUAAACUGAAACAUGGCGGUGGAAUCUCUCUGAACGGGCAGGAUAUACAGAUCCCUUUCUUGCAAGGUGCUCUUCAUAUCCAGCAAACAGUAAUGUCCGCAGUUCGCCUCACGUACAGGGACAAUAUGCAGAUUGACUGGGAUGGCCAUGGAACACUUUUGAUGAAGUUAUCCUCAGAGUACACGGAGCGAACCUGUGGCCUGUGUGGGAAUUACAAUGGUAAUCAAGGUGAUGACUUUCUCACGCCUUCUGGCCUUGUGGAAACUCUUGUAGAAGAUUUUGGAAAUUCCUGGAAGCUCAAGGGAGAUUGUCAAGACGUGCAGAAACAAGAGAGCGAUUCUUGCAGUCUCACGCCUCGCUUAGCCAAGUAUGCUGAGAAUUCAUGCUCCGUUUUGAUUUCACCGUUGUUUGAACCUUGCCACCAUGAAGUCAGCCCUUCUCCAUAUUUCAAGAAUUGCCGCUAUGAUGUCUGUUCCUGUUCUGACGGCAAAGACUGUCUCUGUGCUGCUCUCUCGGCCUACGCUGUGGCAUGUGCUCGCAAAGGGGUCCUCGUCGAUUGGAGGCAGCCAGAUUUUUGUGCUUUAAGUUGUCCAGAAGGUCAGGUUUACCAGCAAUGUGGAAGUCCGUGUAACCAAACUUGUCGGUCCCUGUCCUACCCAGAUACAGAUUGCAAUGAAUUUUGUAUGGAAGGCUGUUAUUGCCCUGCAGGAUUAUAUCUUGAUCAGCAGGGAGACUGUGUGCCAAAGUCUCAGUGCUCUUGUUACUAUGACGGAGAGAUAUUCCAACCGGAUGAUGUCUUCUCUGAUCAUCACACCAUGUGCUAUUGUGAAAAUGGCUUCAUGCACUGCAGCUCAAAUAGACUUCCAGGGUUCUUCCUGCCAGAUGUUGUCUUUCAGCAGCACCCUUCUGUCAGAGCAAAACGAAGUGUGACCUGCAGACCCCCAAUGACGAUGUUUGUAUGUCCUGCAAAUGAUCUAAGAGCUGAAGGGGUGGAAUGUAUGAAGACUUGCCAGACCUAUGAAUUGGGCUGCGUUAGCCACGGAUGUGUGUCCGGCUGUCUUUGUCCCGCUGGAUGGGUGCGCCAUGGAAACAAGUGUGUUGUACCUGACAGAUGCCCCUGUUUUCACAAUGGAAGAGAAUAUGCUGCUGGCGAGACGGUGACAAAGGAGUGUAAUACUUGUGUCUGUCGUGCUCGAAAGUGGGAAUGCUCAGAAAACAUAUGCGAUGGUACCUGCUCAGUUAUUGGUACGGCCCAUUACUUGACCUUUGAUGGACUGAAAUACAGAUUCCCGGGCAAUUGUCAAUACGUACUGGCUCAGGAUUACUGUGAUGAUGAUGGUUCUGGAACCUUUCGGAUACUUGUGACCAACGAGGGAUGCAGCUUCACUGGAGAGAAGUGCACAAAAAAGAUCACUAUUCUCUUUGACAGCGGAGAGGUUGAACUUUACAAUGGAGAUGUUAAUAUCUUGACACCUCCUAGAGAGGAUAAUAUUGAAGUCCUGAAGUCUGGGCGUUACUACAUUCUGUUACUUGGCAACGGAAUCUCUUUAGCUUGGGAUGAAGACAUGGGUGUCUCUGUUAUCUUGAAAGAAAAUUACAAAGAUCGAGUCUGUGGUCUGUGUGGGAAUUUUGAUGGCAUCCAAAAUAAUGACUUCACCAGCAGCAGAAAGCAGCUUGAAAUCGAUCCAAUUGACUUUGGGAACUCCUGGAAAGUUAAUUCACAGUGUGCUGAUGUCCAAAAGCUUUCUCAGGGGCAGGACUUGGUUUCUUCACUGUGUAAUGGCAAUGUAGUGAAGCAAGUGAUGGUGGAAACUUCCUGCAGUGUCUUGAACAGUGAUCUCUUCAAAGAGUGCAAAAAAUUGGUGGAUCCUGAGCCCUACGUGGAUAUCUGCAUGUAUGACACCUGUGCGUGUGAAUCCAUUGGGGACUGUGCCUGCUUCUGUGACGCCAUAGCUGCUUAUGCCCAUGCCUGUGCUCAGAAAGGUGCCAUCGUUCACUGGAGGUCCCCUUCUUUGUGCCCACAAAGUUGUGAGCACUUGAACCAGGAGGAGGAAGAAUACCAGUGUGAAUGGAGGUAUAACAGCUGUGGUCCUGCUUGCCCAAGAACGUGCCAGCACUUGGAGCCUGUGGACUGUCCAGUGAAGUGCGUGGAAGGGUGCCACGUGCACUGUCCUGCAGGGAAAAUACUCGAUGAGCUGUCAGAGUCUUGCAUUGAUCUUGAAGAAUGUCCUGUGUGUGAAGUGGAAGGUCUCCGGAUACCUCAUGGGAAACGCAUUGUUUUGAACACUGGAGAUGUACAGCUCUGCCAGUCUUGUCACUGUGAAGGCCGAAACUUGACAUGCCACGCAUGCAAUCCAGGAGAGACUACUGAAACUCUGCCUUUAACCACCAUUCCUCCCGAGGAUCAAGUGACCCGAGAAUACUCUUGUAGCAAAAUGAUGGACCUUGCCUUCUUAAUGGAUGGUUCCAAUAAGCUGUCUGAAAAUGACUUUGAACAGCUGAAAGCUUUCAUCAUUGGCAUGAUGGAAAAACUCCACAUUUCCCAAAAAAGAAUCCGUGUGUCAAUACUGGAAUACCGCACAGGCUCACAUAUUUACUUGGGUCUCAAAGAUAUCAAAAAACCAUCUGAAAUGAGGAGGAUUGUCCAGAAUAUAAAAUACGCUGGUGGAGAUGUGGCCUCUGCAACGGAAGUACUGAAGUAUAUUGUGUUUCAUGUCUUUGGGAAGGCUCCACGAACAAAUGCUGCCAGAAUUGCUGUGUUACUUACAGCCAGCAGGGACCCAAAAAGAAUUCAAACCAUUUUCCCACUCUUGAAAAAGAAGAAAAUCACCGUAAUACCAAUUGGGCUUGGACCACACAUCAGCCUUGAGCAAAUUGAACUAAUUGAAAGGCAAUCGCCAGAGAACAAGGCCUUCAUCAUGAGCAGUGUGCUUGAGCUGAGGGAACGAAGGGAUGAAAUAAUUGAUUAUUUCUGUGGUCUUGUGCCUGAAGUAAGUUCUGUCUUACAAGUUACAACUCAGAGCCCUGUUACAACUCUUCCUAGUGUCCCCGCUGUAACAGUACCUGGAUUAGACCGAGCAUUACCAGGAGCAUUGCCAACUAUGUUUCCCGUAACAUUCAAAUCCCAUCCUAGGAUGAUUGACAUUGUUUUUGUGCUUGAAGGCUCUGACAAGGUCGGCAGGGAGAAUUUCAAUUUGGUCAAAGAGUUCCUCACCCGCACAAUCAAAGAAAUGGACAUAGGAGAACAAACCAUCCGUAUUACCAUUAUACAGUAUUCAUUCACAAUCACUGUGGAGUAUUCCUUCAGCGACAGACAGUCAAAGGGAGACCUGCUUAAGAGGGUGAAGGAGAUCAUGUACCGUGGAGGGAAUGCCACCAACACUGGAAAAGCUCUCCGCUUUGUCUCGGAACAAACCUUGGCGACAAGCAGAAGAAAACGGGAUAAUGCACCAAAUCUGGUUUACAUGGUGACAGCAAACCCUGCUACAGAUACCAUUACUCGCCUUCCCACUGAUAUCAGUGUUAUUCCCAUUGGCAUCGCUCCUAAUGUGAACAUACAAGAACUUGAAAAAAUAAGCCAACCACAAGCUCCAAUCAUCCUAGAGGGAUACAACAAGCUUAUCCAAGAAGGCCCUGACUUAGUACUGAGAAAGUGUUGCUCUGCAGACGGAACUUGCAAGAAGCCGGUGGAUGUGAUAUUUCUUCUGGAUGGGAGUUCAAAUGUUAAAGAAUCACAAUUUGAGGAAAUGAAACACUUUGUGAAGGCCUUUAUUAACUACAUGGAUGUUGGACGUACAGCAAUGCAAGUGGCACUGCUUCAGUAUGGCAAAGCAAGCACUUUGGAAAUUUCCUGGAAUGCACCCCAGGAGAAGGCAAUGCUUUUAUCCAUGGUGAGCGCAGUUCAUCAAAGACAGCACGGACUCAGCAGACUUGGAGAAGCAAUAGACUUCACAGUUCAGCAUGCCGUCUCUGAAGCCAGUGGAGGAAGGCCUAAUGCAUCCAAAAUAGCAGUGAUUGUUAUAUCAAAUGAGUCAGAAGAUUCUCUGGAUUAUGCUGCAUAUUCUGCAAGCAUCAAUAGAGUAUUGUUACUUCCCAUUGUAGUUGGGGACAGAUACAACACCGCACAGUUGACCACGUUAGCAGGACCUUCUGCCAUGGACAGGAUCAUUAAGUUGCAAAGGUUUGAGGAACUUUCUGCCAUGGUUGCUUCAGAUGAGAAAUUUAUCAAAAAGCUCUGCGCAGCUACUGUCCCAGAGUGCAUAGAUGAGGAUGGGAAUAAAAAAAGACCUGGGGACAAAUGGACAUUGCUGGAUCAGUGUCGUACAGUGACAUGCUUGCCAGGAGGAUUCACGUUUCUGGAGAGCCACCGAAUCAAUUGUGAGAAGAUGCCAAGGCCCUUGUGUCGCAACAACAUGCCUGCGCUGAAAGUGGAAGAAACGUGUGGCUGUCGCUGGGUAUGCCCAUGCACAUGCAUGGGAAGUUCGACAAAGCAUAUAGUCACCUUUGAUGGACUGGAUUUUAAACUGACAGGCAAUUGUUCAUAUACACUAUUUGAAGAUAAAGAACAUGAUAUCAAAGUGGUUCUUCACAAUGGGGCCUGCAGUUCAACCCCCAAACUCAAUUGUAUGAAUUCCAUUGAAGUAGCCUAUCAGUCCACAUCUGUGAAGCUCUUCAGCAAUAUGUCGGUUACUGUGAAUGAUGAAUUGUCCACCCUUCCGUAUGACAAUGACCAUUUUGAAGUCAAUGUUUAUGGAGCAAUAAUGCAUGAAAUCAGAUUCUCUCAUCUGGGGCACAUAAUCUCCUUCACUCCAAGCAACAAUGAAUUUACUUUCCAACUUAACCCAAAGAGUUUUGCUUCACAAACCUAUGGCCUUUGUGGGAUUUGUGACCAAAACAGUGACAAUGACUUCAUACUGAAGGAUGGUUCCAUUGCACCUGACAGUGGCACCUUUGUCCAAGAGUGGGCCAUGAUGCAACCGGGGACGACCUGUGAGGUCAACAGAGCAGACAGAUGCACUGAGCACGCCACUACCAAGUGCAGCAUUUUGCUCUCUGCUCAGUUUUAUGGCUGCCACCACAUCAUUCCGCCAAACGCGUUCUACGCAGCGUGUGAAGAAAACAACUGCCAUGGAGAUGAAGUUUGUGAGAUUGUGUCCUCCUAUGCUCACCUCUGCAGGACGCAAGGGGUCUGUGUGGAAUGGAGAUCGCCAGAUUUCUGUGCUAUGAAAUGUCCACCCCCCUUGAUCUAUGACUCCUGUCAAAUGGGUUGCACGAAGCACUGUGACAACAAUACAAAGACAGAAAUCUGCCUGGAUUAUCCUGCCGAAGGCUGCUUCUGCCCUCAGGGACAAGUGACUUUGGAAGGAAGUUGUGUUGAUGAAGAUGUAUGCACUCAGUGUGUCAGUGAUGAUGGGACACGCCACCAGCACUUGGAAACGUGGAUUCCUUCCAACGAACCCUGUAACAUCUGCGUAUGCCUUGAUAACAGGACCAUAAACUGUACGAUUCAGCCUUGUCCGACGGCCAAACCUGCUUGUGGACCUUGUGAAAUUGCAAGACUACGGAGGGAUUCUGAUCUGUGUUGUCCAUUCUAUGAAUGUGUUUGUGAUCUAAUCACUUGUGAACUCCCUCCUGUACCUCACUGUGAAGAUGGCCUUCAGCUUGUGCUGACGAAUGUUGGGGAAUGCAGACCAGAUUAUGCUUGUGUCUGUAAAAAAGACAAAUGCAGGCCAGGGCCCUCUCCUCUCUGCCCACCGCACCGGACGCUGGCUGUGAAGAAGACCCAGUGCUGUGAUGAGUAUCAGUGCUCUUGCAAUUGCAUCAAUUCAACAGUGGCUUGCCCUGCUGGGUAUCUAUCUACAACUGUCUCUAAUGACUGUGGCUGUAUGUCUACCACCUGCACUCCAGACAAGGUUUGUGUUCAUCAAAACAUCGUCUAUCCUAUUGGGAAGACUUGGGAGGAAGGCUGCACAGAGUGUACCUGCACAGACAUGGAAGAUUUUGUUACAGGACUUCGAAUCACAGAAUGUCUUAGGAAAGACUGCCACACAAAUUGUCCACCGGGACAUCAGUAUGUCAAAAAAGAAGGUGCAUGCUGUGGGAAAUGUCUCAAGACAAUGUGCGAUGAAGUAGCAUUUUGGUCUCGAGGUGAUGAAGAUGUUCGUUGGCACCAAGUCGGCUCAGAGUGGCAGUCCCCCUUGAACCCAUGUGUCAUCAGAGAGUGCGUCCGCGUGAACGAGGAAGUCUUUGUUCAGGAUAAGAACAUCUCCUGUGUGCAGAUGGAGCCUCCCAGUUGCCCGUUGGGAACAGAGCUACACUGUGACAGAAAGACAGGCUGCUGUCCCUCAUGCCAUUGUGAUCCUGUGAAUGGCUGUGUUUUCAAUGGCACCAUUAUUGGGCCAGGGAAAAGUGUGUUACUGGAUCAGUGCACCAGCUGCACAUGCAACCUACAAAGGGGACUGGUUUCGAAAUACAAAUUGACGUGUGAAAAAACUACCUGUGAACCUUGCCCCACGAAUUACAGAACAGAAAAUGUCCCUGGCUCCUGCUGUGGUAAAUGCUUGCCAACAGUGUGCGCUAUAAGGCUGAGGGAUAGGACCAUACGGUACUUGAAGCCCAAUGAGACAAUCCAAGAUGGGUGUGACAGCAAUUCUUGUAAAAUCAGUGAGAAAGGAGAGUUCAUAUGGGAAAGGAGAAUCACUGGGUGCCCACCAUUUGACUCCACUAAAUGCUUGGCUGAAGGAGGUAGAAUUGCCAAGGUUGACAACACCUGCUGUGAAACAUGUGUGGAAGCAGACUGCAAACAAAUCACUGGCAGGCUGGAAUAUGUUAAAGUGGGUGACUGUAUGUCUGUAAACCAGCUGAAUAUCCAUUACUGUGAGGGCAAAUGUCCCAGCAAAGCCGUUUAUGACAUUACAGUGCACAGCAUUGAAGACCAGUGCUCUUGUUGCUCUGCUACUGCGAGGGAUUCGAUGCAAGUGCCCCUCCACUGUCCCAAUGGCUCCAUAGUACAGCAUGAAGUCUUUAAUGCCAGACGCUGUGAAUGUCUCUCUCGGAAAUGCAAGCCAUAAAUACUGUCGGGGAGCUAAAUGAGGGUGCAAGCUGUUUGUUCCCCACCUAGAAAUUUACAGUCAGAGUCUCAUUUUUGCAUUUUGAUUCUGCUGCCCUAGCCAAAGCAUUUGUUGUAACAUACCAAGCAAUAAACUCAAACUUAGCUGCA